AUGGGUUCCUCCUUAAACCCAAGAGUGCCUCAUGUUCUUCAACCAAAGCAAUCAAACACUCUUUCAUUGAAUGAUUGCUUAACCAUCUUUAUUGACUACACUCACUUAUCUAUUUCUUCUGCAUCCAAUGACCCAAAAGACCUUACCUUUAAAUUAAAAACACCCGUCUUCAAGAAAUUUGAGAUUCCUUGUGAAAUCUUAUGCAACAAUAAUGAUAUCAACAAUCAAUUUUUAUAUGAAACAUUUGAUGUCAUACCUAGUAACUUAAUAGGCGCAGCUAUACGCAAUUUGAAAGAUUGUGCUAGACAAAUGGUUCUAGACGGAAAACUGGAGGAAAUGCGUAUGAGGUUUCGAAAGGUUUCUUCGCACAUUCCAAAAAAAGAUGAAUAUGAUCAAAAUCAUGAUAAUGAUCAACAAAUUGUGGGUUUAUCAUCAAAUUUGAAAGUUGAUGUUACUUUAGAUUCUAAGGAUCGGUGUUCAAUUUGUUUUGAGGAGUUUUGCAAUGGAUCGCAAACAGAACUCUUUUAUACAAAAUGUUCUCACAUUUUUCAUAAAUUAUGUAUUGCUGAAUGGAUCUUUCAAUGUGUCGAUCAUGCCCGUGAUUAUCCUUGUCCAUUGUGUAGAUGUGACAUAGUAUGA